CGAAGAUUGUGCCGAGUUCGAUCAACAACGCUCGAUGAUAGACAGCCUUCAAAUGGCGCUGGAACGCGAGCGUACGGCUCGCAUGUUCCUCGAGCAACAGCUGAAUCAAAUGCGAGAGAUGUAUCAAAAUGGCUUGAGCACGGCGGUCACUCCCGCGUCCAGCAGUCCAUCACAGCAACGUCAACAGCAGCUACCACAGCAGCCGCAGCCGACGCCAAUAGUGAAUUCUGCGCCGAAAUUGACACCAACAACAAUCACUGUGCAUGAUUCAGUGAUAAGGCCUACUCCAUUGAUAGCGCCAAUCUCAGGUGAGCGGGAAACUCUUCACGUUCAUAUGCUUAUGUUUCAUCAAACUUUUUUUUUCAACUACCUUGCUGCUUUCUUCACUCCCAGUACGUUUAUGGCUGUCAUAGAAGUUGUCCCAAAUAAACAUAUCGAACAUUUGAUAACUAAACUUCCCUAUAUCAACAGCUUUCACGGAUUUAUAAUUAGCAUACUGUAGGG